GCUGCCCUCUUCUCCGCUCAAUAUUUCGUGUGGCAGUAACAAUUUUGACGUCGUACGUGCCGCAUGACUAAGCCAAGUAAAGUAAACAAUCAAUAUUAUAGCAAUUUCUUUUUGGUUUUUCGCUUUUUUCGCUUAACCAACAAAUAAAACUGGGCCAUUCCGCAACGGAAAUGUCUUUCACAAACAUAUUAAGAACAUUUGCACUGUGGCUAAUACUGCUUCAGCUGGGCGUCUACAAAUCGCAGUCGGCUACAGUGCCGCAGGUGCAAUUGUAUGCAGAGAAACUUUCGCUGAGCAACAACACCGCGUAUGUACGUGAUGUAAUGCGUCAGGCCAAGUCGGCCGAAAUGCGCAAUUACAUGCAACCCGAAGUAGACCGUUGUGAUGACUUCUAUCAAUACGCUUGCGGCAAUUGGGCGAAAAUUAAUCCAACCGAACCGCGCAAUUUGCUGGAGACAACAUUUUUUGAACAAUUAAUCAAUACAUACAAUCAAAAGCUGUUGAAAGUGCUGAUGGAAGAGCCGCGAAAGGAUGAUGACGAGUUAACGGCGAAGGUGAAGACUUUCUUUGGCGCGUGCCGACACUUGGAUGAGAAGCAAAGUGAGCAUUACAAAUUGAAUUUAAGGGAGAUUGCCAAAGAAUUCGGACGAAUGCCAGCACUGAUGCCGACAGGCACAUGGAAAGAGAGCGAGUUCGAUUGGCUCACCACAAUAGCACGCAUACAAAACAAAUACGGUAUCGACAUCAUACUGCAAUUAUCGCUACGUGAGGACUUUGCCAAUAAGACGGCAAAUAAGAUAUUUAUUGGGCAACCGGCGUUACCGCUGCAAAGUAGAGCCGUAUAUAAGAGUCCGGCUACUAAAUGGCAUCGUGAUCGCUAUGAAGAGGAGAUAUUUAGGGCUUUACAAAGUUAUUUGGGUAUAAGUGAGGAGGUAGCAAAGAGCACGGCCCACGAUAUACUCUAUUUUGAGUCCAGACUCGCCGACGGCAUGAUAGACAAACGUUUGGGUAAAACACUCAAGUCCAUGGCGGUAUUGCGCACAGUAGACGAAAUGCAAGCAGCAUAUGAAGGCAGCAUAGACGUACGCAAGUAUCUGAGCAUCAGUAUGGGUCAAACAAUUAACGAAACCUUCUACGAAUACCACGUGGAGUAUCAAAAAAAUCUGGUGCAGGUGCUCAAGGAAACGCCCAAAGCGCAAGUAGCCAAUUAUAUUAUAUACAAAUUAGUUAAAAAUUUCUUUUUCAAUUACAACGAAACAAGUGGCGCCAAAGAAAAGCUCUGCUUGAAAAAGACCAAAAACUACUUUGCCAAAGUUCUGGACAACAUUGUCUUUCGUAAAUACAACAGCGAGAGCACAGCGGCCGAUAUUAAUCUUAUCUGGUUGAAAAUAAGCGAAAUUUUCAAAGAAGAAUUAGAGUCAGCCGAACAUCUUAACUGGCUUACGCCCAACACACGCAAGUUGGCGUUGGAAAAAUUGGCAGCGAUGCGUUUGAAAAUCAACACUUAUGAGGAAUCAAAUUUGCGCGCAGAAUAUGCGAACAUAACGCUGAGUAGUACCAACUACACCGAGAACAUUAAGCAAAUACAUAUACAACAGACACAGUGGGCAUUGGCUAAUCUGCGACAAGCGCCAAGUACCAUCGAGUAUCCACUCACACUUUCACUCACACCCGCCUACAACCGCAAUGAGAAUUUAAUUAAAAUACCCGUCAUAUUGUUACAACCGAAUUUCCUAUGGUCCACACAUUAUCCCAAUGCGCUGAAGUUUGCCACACUCGGCUGCCUUGUGGCGCAUGAACUCAUACAUGGCUUCGACGAUAUGGGCCGCAAUGUGGAUGUCGCCGGCAACGAGCUCACGUGGUGGGACAAUAAUUCCACCGAUGCAUUUAGUACGCGUAAAAACUGUUUCAAGCGUCAAUAUUCGCUAUUUCGCGCCAAUGGUAAAUAUUUGCCGCCGAGUGAGCUGCAAGGGGAGAACAUAGCCGACAAUGGUGGCUUACAAUUGGCCUAUAGCGCCUAUGCAAAAUGGUUGCGCGGCCUGAAUGACUCCUCAACGACGGCGUUGGAGCGCGAACAUCUGCUCGCGUUGGAAACUUUGCCAAAUUUGAAUUUAACAAAUCAUCAGUUGUUCUUCCUUGCGUUCGCGCAAUAUUGGUGCAAUGAUGUUGACGAGCACUUUAGGGACAAAGUUUCGCUGAUUAACAUACAAACGCCGGCAAAGUUUCGCGUGAUUGGCCCUUUGGCGAAUUUCCCAACAUUCGCCGAGGUGUUUCAGUGCGCCAGCGGCAGUACAAUGAAUCCAAAGCAGAAAUGUAAAAUCUAUUAAUAUUAAAUAAACUUUUAUUGCACUCGUGUAUAUUUAUGUAUAAGCAGUCUGUAUGUAUUAUAUAGUAUAUGCAUGUGUAUGUGCUUAAAUACAUAUAAAAAUAAGUGCAUAAUCCCAUAAGCAAAACUAAGCAAAACUAUACUAAUAAAUUUGUAACACAAAUGUAUGUUUGUAGUUUGUAAGCACUGGAUGUCAAUCGAUCCAAAUAUUUUCAAGGGAGAAGGUAACUGAUUAAGUCACAUUUACAUAAUAUGUAAAACACAAACAAAUACUUUUUUACAAUUGUCGAAAAUUUGACAAAUAGCAGAUAAACCGACGACGUUAUUGAUAUUUCCUUUUUAACUACAUAUGUAUGUAAGUCAAUCGACAAGCAGCGAGGAAUGCAACUAGAAGUCAGGCUUUAAACAACUCAAUAUUUGUCUUUAACAACUUUGCCUUUUCAGUUUGUGCAACUUAAAAAUGAAGUAAAUUUGAUCAGAAAACUUUUCGCUCCACUAAAUCUACAUAUUAUAUAAUAUAAGUCUAUACAUGCAUAUA